CGAACAUGUCGUGGAAACGCAAUCAUGCGCACGCGCUAGCUCCGCCAAGUGCGACAUCCAAGCCAGCGGGGAGGGCGCGGAAGCAGCCGAACAACUUGGUAGGGAAGCCUAGGUUUAACGCGGCAGUGUAUGCGCCUGGCGUUGUGGACGUCAACGACGGCGCAUCGGUGUGGCGAACGCAUGACCCAACCACAGAUCCGUUUGUGUCCAUGACGCGGGACCACACGUCAAAGUCGGUGUCUUCAACGUCGUCGUCUCCGAUGCAUGGGAGUGCGUCAAAUCGAAAGAGCGGCGCUGGUGCUGUGUCCACGCGGUCUACUGGGACGCAAACAACGACCUCGUGCUGGGAACAACCAGGACCGGACGUUUGGCGCGACCUGGUUAAGGACGUGCAUGCAAUGCCGGCCGCGACUGUUGAUCGCCUUCUAGAAGUCCUACUUGAGCGCAAGCACACAUUGAAACAACUGUCAACUUCAGGACCGCCUCCACCGGCCCCGCCAGCUUUCAAUGCAGUUCAUUCCAGACCCGUCCAUGUGUCGCCCCACCGGAACGACAGCUACGAGGUGCCGUGCUUCAAACAUAUCAUUCCGGAGAGGCCCUGCACUCGUUGCAUCUCGCAACUCUUCCGUCCAUGUCACGAUUCGAAUAAUCUGUGUAGCCGCCGUCCCAAUCACUGCCUUCAUCGAUCCCUACCGUUCCGUCGACACCCCUAACUCCCCCCCUGCGUGACGACAGAGAAGCCAGCGGCCAUAGCAAUGCUGACGCGACGAUGCCACCAAGGCGGCGCAGUCGCUCGUACGAAGCAUUGGUACAGCUGGAGGCCAUCUUGGAGUCGCGGCACCACCAGCUCAUGGCAAAUGGAGUGCUGGAUGAAAAUGCCGACACGGCAUCGCUCGUCAUGACGGACAUCCGCCACCUCCACCACCGCCGGACAUCUCGUCGAGACGACGCAGACAGGGACUCGCCAGAGCCACGGGCCAUCGACUUGGUCGAGUCGUGGAAGUUGGCGAACGACUGCCGCAACAAACUCGACUCCAAGUGAUGCGGCCGUACAGAUUGCUGACGCAGCGUCGGCACAGGUGGCCUGCCACUCAACUCGACGAAGGACAACUCCAACGAACGAAGCGAUCGAAAGGUCGAGGGAGGUUGCUUGUACUCGGUAGCGUUCGUGUACAGGAGCGUUCGCAGCGGAGCGAGUCGAAUAGAUUUGUCGUCAUGUUGGAACCGGUCGAGCUAGCUAAUCGAAGCGCAGCUUGUCUCCCGUUGACAACGGUGAGAACGGGUUUACGCGAUGCCACAUGAUGGCUUCCUCCAACGUGAGCGCAGA